AUGGGAAAUACUUCUGUUGUUCAUCAUCUCACCCUAUUCCUGCUGCUUGUUCUUCAUUUACCUCUUUUUCCCGUAGUUGGUUCAACUGGAAAUAUCAUUUCCUCGGGUUCCACCCUUUCCGUAGACUCUUCUCCCUUGAAAUCCCCUUCAGGGAAUUUUGCCUUCGGGUUUCACGACACUGACAAUCAAGACCUUUUCUUGCUUGCCGUUUGGUUUGAUACUUUACCAAAUCGAACUAUAGUCUGGUCCGCAGCUGAUAAUGAGACGUCAAUAACAGUAACAAGAGGGUCUCAACUCAAGCUGACUAAUGAUGGUGAACUUGUGCUCUAUGACCAUCAAGGUAAGGAGUUAUGGAAAAAUUUUCAAGGCAGUAGUGCAUCUAAGGGCCACGAGGCUGCUAUUCUGGAUGACGGAAACUUUGUGCUUCGAGAUGAAAAUUCUAAUACCAUAUGGGAGAGCUUCAAACAUCCUACAGAUACAAUCUUGCCUGGACAGAUUCUUGAUAUGCCUACUUUUCUCAAAUCUCGUCUCUCGCCACAGAAUUAUUCUUAUGGGCGGUUCCAGCUCCCUCUCCAGGCUGAUGGCAAUCUUGUGCUAUAUACUGUAUCUAUGCCAUCUGAAAACGUUCAAGAGGCUUAUUGGGCCAGCAUCACAUUUGGCCACACAUCUAAAUUGAUCUUUAACGAGUCUGGAUAUAUUUACAUCGAAGAAGGGACCAAAAAGAUCUUCAACCUAACAAAAGUAGCCCCAGGUCCGAAGGAAGAAUUCUUCCGCUUGGCUAGGAUUGAUUAUGAUGGAGUGUUCAGGCAAUACAAACAUCCCAAGGAUGAAAGUAAAGCAUGCGACUUUACUUGGAAAGAGGUAGAGAGCAUUCCCCAGGAUAUUUGCCUUGUCAUUACAGGUGAGAUUGGCAGUGGGGCUUGUGGUUACAACAGUUAUUGUGCGCGCACAAACGAGAAGAUGGAAUGUUUAUGCCCGGAGGGAUAUUCCUAUAUUGACCCAAAUGCCACAGGCCAAGGGUGUAGACCAAGUUUUUCGCUGCCCAGCUGCGUGGCUGACGGCUGGGAAGUAGAUACCGAAAAUGUAGAUUUUAAAGAAUACAGCUUCACUGAUUGGCCAUUAUCAGAUUAUGAUGUUCAGAUUGGAGAUGAAGUAGACAUGCAGAUGUGUAAAGAUCUAUGUCGUAAAGAUUGCUUUUGUGCUGCUGCUAUUUUUAAUGGGAACACUUGUUGGAAGAAGAAAUAUCCUCUGUCAAAUGGAAGAAGACACCCAAGUGUGAAUAGAACAGCUCUCAUCAAGGUACCGAAAACUGAUGUGUCCAACCGCUUGGGUAAAAAAGACCAAAAUUCAGCUAAUAUCAUUGUUGUUUCAGCCUUACUUGGAAGCUCUGUGUUUCUCAAUAUCCUUCUUCUAUUAGCUUUUAUUUUGUCUGUUUACUAUUCAUAUCAUAAAAAGCUGCUUUUGCAAUCAGUUUCAAGUUUGUCAUCAACAAAUGUCAGAAGCUAUACAUACAAGGAGCUGGAAGAAGCAACAGGAGGCUUCAAGCAAACAUUGGGUAGAGGUGCUUUUGGAACGGUUUAUAAAGGGGUCUUAGCAUCACAACCUAAGAGAUUUAUUGCAGUCAAGAAAUUAGAUAAGAUGGAACACGAAGGGGAAAAAGAAUUCAAAACGGAGGUGAGUGUGAUUGGUCAGACUCACCACAAAAAUUUAGUCUGUUUGCUUGGGUUCUGUGAUGAAGGAGAGCACAGGCUUUUGGUAUACGAGUAUAUGGGUAAUGGGUCUCUGGCAAGCUUUCUGUUUGGAAUAUCCAGGCCUAAUUGGAACCAAAGAGUACAAAUUGCUUUUGGCAUUGCAAGAGGCUUAAUGUAUUUGCAUGAAGAGUGUAGCACUCAGAUCAUCCACUGUGAUAUAAAGCCUCAGAACAUACUCUUGGAUGAGUACUUUACGCCUAGGAUUUCUGAUUUCGGAUUAGCGAAACUUUUGUUGGCAGAGCAAACUCGAGCAGCUUACACAGGCAUAAGAGGAACAGUGGGGUACUUUGCUCCAGAAUGGUUUAGGAGAGCCUCAAUAACUGUUAAAGUUGAUGUGUAUAGUUUUGGUGUGAUGUUACUGGAGAUCAUUUGUUGCAAAUCAAGUGUUGAAUUUGCUAUGAGAAAUGAAGAGGAAGCACUCAUGGAUUGGGUUUAUAAUUGCUACAAAAGAAGAAAGCUCGAUAAAUUGGCAGAAAAUGAUGAAGAAGCAAAGAAUGAUUUGAAGAGAUUAGAGAGGUUUGUGAUGGUAUCACUUUGGUGCAUUCAAGAGGAUGCUUCACUAAGACCUACAAUGAAAAAAGUUACACAAAUGCUUGAGGGAGUCAUUGAAGUUUCUGUGCCACCAUGCCCUUGGAAUUACGGUUCAAAUUCAACUAAUAUACAGAUUUCAAUGCAAUGA